AUGGCCACCAGUGGUGUGUCUUUGGCCCCUGCUCCAGGUGGAGCUAUGGCACAAGCCCUUGCCCCGGCGCCCACUCUCGCUGCCCGCCCUUCUGUGGCUCCAUCCCCAGGACCCGGCACCCCCGGCUCCAUCACCUCGAAGGAAUGGGUGAUCCCACCACGCCCCAAGCCUGGCCGCAAGCCAGCUACGGAUACACCGCCGACUAAACGCAAAGCGCAAAAUCGGGCAGCUCAGCGAGCGUUCCGUGAGCGCCGGGCUGCUCGAGUCAGUGAAUUGGAGGAGCAAAUGAAGGAAAUAGAAGAUAGCCACGACAUUCGGGUGGCUUCUCUUCAACAACAAAUAGGCAACCUCUCCAGCGAGGUGGAUCAGUGCCGUGAGGAAAUGGGCUGGUGGCGCGACCGAUGCCACGCUUUGGAGAAGGAGGUAUCAAUCGAGCGCAGUGCGAAGGAAGCCCUUGUCAAGGAGUUCCGGUCGUCUCUUGCUGGCCCUAAAGUCACCAAGCCCGCACCCAUCCCAGACUCUGUGCCAUUGCCGCCUCGCAAGACCAGAAGUAGCCGAAUGGAAGGUGUCCAGCCUACUAAUGUCGACCUUAACAAGGAAGAUGGACAAAUGAACGUACCCUUAGGAUGCAACAACUGCUCCAACGCCCACUGCCAGUGUAUUGAAGAUGCGUUCGGCAUGCCAAUCGAAACCCACGAGUCCUCUCGUUCUCGGCACGCACCACACGGUGUGGGCAGCCCGGAACGCGAUCAUAGGGAUCCUCAUAUUAAACCCGAUCCGGAAGAAAUGGAGAUCGACUUUACCGCCCAAUUCUCCAGUCUUCCACACCAGUCUCAUGAUGAUGCCAUCUCCUCGCCUCCCGUCGAUCCCUGCGGAUUCUGUCAGGAUGGCACCCCGUGUAUCUGUGCUGAGAUGGCUGCACAGGAGCAGCAACGCGUACGCAACGCCCUCGAGGCCAAUCGUCUGGCACCCAUUCAAUCCAUCUCACAGUUCACACCACCCCCAUCUGAGGGAGAUGUCCGCUCAGAAGUGACUCUCCCGCCCAUCACCCAAGCGACCAACCCCUGUGCCAACGGACCAGCGAGCGGCACUCCAUCGGGAGGAGGCUGCUGCGGAGGUGCAGGAAAGGACGGCGGAUGCUGCAUGUCAAAGAAUGCCCCCUCCACCACGACCUUCUCGCGUAACAACACCACCCUGCCUUCGCAACCUCCCGCACCCAAGCCCGCUCAACCCUCUGAGCUAACGCUCAGCUGUGCCGAUGCUUUCACCACCCUUUCCCGCCACCCUAACUUCUCCCGCGCCAGCGACGAGAUCUCCACCUGGCUGCCCAAGCUCCACACCCUCCCCAACCCCCGCGAUCUCGCUCCCCCAGACAGCCGAGCUGCCAUGGAAGUCGAGGCCGCCAGCGUAAUGGGCGUGCUGCGAUACUUCGACCGACGUUUCGCCGAAAAAUAA